AUGCCUUAUCGCUUCGAGGUUUCUCCUAACAACCGUGCUGGUUGUCAGAACAAGGAGUGCAAGGAUGAAAAAGUGAAGAUUAAAAAGGGUGAACUCCGUGUUGGCACCUGGGUCGAAAAUGACAGGUUCCAGUCCUACCUUUGGCGCCACUGGGGCUGCGUCACUCCACGCAUCAUCCAGAAUGUCAUCAAGGGUGUCUUCGAAAGUGAUGAGCUUUCUGGCGACGAGAACUUCGAACUCGUUGAUGGCUGGGAGGAAUUACCCGAGGACGAACAGAAGACCAUCCGCACGGCGCUUCUGCAGGGCCACGUUGAUGAUGAUGCCUGGAAGGGAGACAUUGAAAUGAACCGCCCUGGCCAGAACGGCUUCCGCGUUCCUGCCUCCAAGAAAAGUGCGAACGCCAAGGAAGAGGAUGGAACGAAGUCCCCUGCUCCCAAGAAGAGAACAGCUGCUGCGCGUAAGAAGAAUGGCACUGCUGAAGGUGAUCACGACGAAGAUGUAAAGGCUGCCAAGGAGGUGAAGAGUGUUGCUCGCGCUAAGAACAAGAAGUCCGCCGACGACGAGGAGGUCAAUGUUGACAGCAACGAGGACGAGAAAAAGCCUGUUAAGACCAAGACAAGUGCCCGUACCAAGAAGACCAUGACUAAGGAGGCUACUGAGGAGGCGUCUGAGACUCCCACCAAGGCCAACGCCAAAGCAAAGCGAGCUCCUCGUACUAAGGGCGAUGCCACCAAGGAUGCCGACAUCGAUGCUGAGCCAAAGCGACGUGGUCGUCCUCCCAAGUCUGCUGACACAGCUGAUAAAUCGACCAAGCUUGCUGCAAAGACAACCAAACGCAAGGCUCCUGCUGAAAACGAGCACGAGGACACCACCGCAAAGCCCAAGCGUGCCCGUGGCAAGGCUGCGAAGACCCAGAUUGAGACUGAGGAACAGGACGCUGCUCCCGCGAAGCUCGCGAAGCGUGUACGCAAGAAGGCUGCCCAGGCGUGA